AUGGACAAGGAGUACAAGACACCGGGAAAGGAACAGCGUGUCUCCGACGUCGUAGUGCUGGAACAGAACAUCUCGGUUGGAGACAAAGAUGAAGAACCUGCCGUGUUGGAAGAUGCUACUCGGAAGGCAACGGAGAGAGCCAUUAUCCGAAAACUAGAUGCACGCCUGCUCCCGACAGUGGUCCUCAUCUUCCUUAUGAACUACAUCGACCGCGUAGCAGUGAGCUCAGCGCGGCUGCAAGGCUUGGAGGCAGAUUUAGGACUGGCAGAUACGCAAUACGACACCGUCCUGAUCAUAGUCUACGCAUCCUACUGCCCUGCGCAGAUCCCUUCGAACAUGGUUACCCGCAACUUCGGAGACAUCGUUACGUGCCGAGUUCUUCUUGGUGUCCCCGAGGAGCUCGCAUUCCGGUCUGGGAUCCUCUACGCAGGGCUAUUGGUAUCAAAUGCAUUCGGAAGUGGCGCCAUCACGGUUUUCAUUGGGUUCCAAGCAAUGUGGCUACUUCCGGACUAUGCGCGCCUUGCCGAAGAUGCGGGGGAAGCCGACCAGGAUCAGGAAAACGCUUCUCCUUUCUCAGGACUCUGGAUGGCGCUCAAGGACCCCAAGGUUCCUAUCUUCAUGAUCAUGAACUGCGCACAGCUGGUGGGGCUUAGCUUCAUCAGCUUCUUCCCUACGUACGUCAGCAUCCCGCCGUGGGUAUUCGCUGCUAUCUGUACCCUCAUCGGAACGUGGAGCGCAGACAGGACGGGCGAGCGCUUCUUUCACAUGACCGCCUGGUGGUGGGUCGUCAUGGUCGGGUACAUCAUCGCUCUCGCGACGCACGGUAUUGGCCCGCGUUACUUCUCUCUCUUUCUCAUGACCACUGGCUACUGUGGCUUCACAAUGGUGCUGGUGUGGGUAUCAAACGCCAUUCCACGCCCGCCCGCAAAGCGCUCCGUCGCCAUGGGCUUAGUCAACGGGUUCGGAAAUGUGGGAGCCUUGAUUGGUGGGUAUGUUUGGCCCACCAAAUGGGGCCCUGGUUAUCGCCCAACCAUGAUCAUUGCUCUCUGUUGCCUCUCAUUUGCGACGUGCUUGAGCUUUCUUAUACGCUGUAUUCUCGUGUCCCAGAACCGAGCGCUUGAGCGUUCAGAGGUGGCCGCGUUGGCGCCUGGUGGCGCCGAGCGAGCACGCAUCGAAGAAGCGGCUAGGCUAGAGGGAAUUUCGUUUGACGAAGCUGCUCGGCGACGGAGGGGCUUUAGAUAUCUUCUAUAG